ACCCGCCCUCCUCCCGAGUCGCCCAGAACCCGUCUUCAGCGCCACCCCCAGCAGCUCGUCACGUGACAGCCACCCGCAGGAGUCGCAGUUCCAUGGACCAAACACAGAGGAGAAUCCUGGGCCAGCCCCCCUCCAUCCCUCCUUCCCAGCCCAAGAGGAAAAGGACAUCAGUGAUAUCUUUCUUUUCCAAGGUCUCCUGGAAACUGAGAUUCCAGAAGCGGGAGCCUCUGAAGAAUGUGUUUUUCAUCUUGGCAGAAAGAGCCCGGGACCCCAGUGCUAAAAAGCGUCGCAUGGCAAUGAGAGGCCUGGGCACUGUGGCCUGUGAAGCCCCCAACAAGGUGAGAAAGUAUAAGAAACUUGUCCUAGACCUGCUGGUGCAUGGAUUGUAUGACCCUGUGAGCUCUGAAGUCAUCCACGAGAGUGUGAAGACUCUGACCAUCAUGCUGGGGAAGACCCAGGGGAAAGGCUUGGGGUCCUUCUUCAUAGACAUCACCCUUCAGACCAGGACACUACUGGAUGACGCUUGCAAAACAACUUUUCGAGCCUGUUCUCCAUAUCUGAAACUAAGGAAAGAAUACAGCUUCCAGAGUGAAGAUGACCAAAGGAACCCUAAACUCUGCCGGCAGCUGAGCCACUAUCCUCCAGAGCUCCUGCAGUUCUUCUAUGCAAAUAAAAUUCUGUAAACCUGGAGCAGCAGGGAGGUGGUUCCAUGUGAGCACAUUGCCAGGGACCUCAAGUUCCUCUGUUUUAUCUCAUUGGAUGCCUCUUCUGCUUGCUUCUUGUGAGUGCAUUACAAAAGGGGAUGUUAGGAGAGCAAUCAAUGGAAAAAAAUACCAUGGAAUUGUAGAAUUAUAUCUAAAGUAAAAUUCUAAAUCACUUUCACUUAUCUCAUUUUCUUCCCAUACAAAUUUGAU